AUGGCGAACAGGCGCUGCCCGGCGAAAGACCUUUCUGCACCUGCCCCGACCGAGCAGGAGCGGAUCUGCAGACCGGCGGGCGGCGCCCAGCAGCCGCCGCACCUACCGAGGGCGCCCUUGGCCGCCGGGCCCGCGGCGGACGCCUACGCGGGCGCCUUCGGCCGCGGAGCCGCGGGGGCCACCCACUCGUUCUCGCCCGCCGCGCUGCAGCAGGCCGGCCUGGCGGCCCCGGCGCCCCUGCCGCACUCCGCGCCCCCGCCGGCCGCAGCCGCGGCCGCGCCCGCCGCGGCGGCGCCGGCCGCGGCCGCGGCGGCGCCGGCCGCGGAGCCGGAGGACCUGCUCAUCUUCGAGGACACGGUGGAGGCGUCGUCGCCCAGCUCGGCGGACCUGCUCUCCUUCGGCGACGGGGCCUCCGCAGCAUCCUCCGCGGGGCCGGAGGAGGGCCCGGCGGAGGCCGCGGAGCUGAAGCGGAGGGGCAACGCGCUGGUGAAGGAGAGGCGGCCGGGCGAGGCCAUUCGGCAGUACGAGGCCGCGCUGGCGCUGCUGGCGCCGGGCAGCCACGAGCCGCUCCGCGCCGUGCUCUUCGCCAACGUGGCGCUCUGCUGCCUGCAGCAGCAGCUCUACCGGCGCGCCGUGGAGGCCGCCACGCGGAGCCUGGAGGCGGACGCCGGCCACGCCAAGGCCCACUACCGGCGCUGCCUGGCGCACAGGGCGCUGAAGAUCGAGGAGGCGAGGCGGGACCUCGACGCCCUCGGCCGCUGCAGGCACGAACUGGCGCCAGAGGAGAUGCGGAGGCUCGCCGCGAGCCUGCAGGCCCCUCGGUGACCGCGGCGCGCGGCGGCGCGGCGCGGGGCCCGUGCGCCCGGGGGGCGCGCCGGGCGGGCUCCUCCGCCCAGUUUCCGCUCCUCUCCCGCCGCUCCCUCCCCUACGGCCCCCCGGGCCAGAGGGGAGGGAGGCCGCACGGGCCCGAGAAGAAGAGGGACGGAUCCUCUCGGCGGGGCUGCGGCCCCACCGCCGCCCUCUCGCGGAGGCUCCCCGCGCGCGCGCGCGCGGAGCGGAGUCGGCGCUCGCCUCGCGCGCUUCGCCCGCCGCCCGCCCUGCCUUGCUCCCCC